AUGGACUCGUCGACCGUUGAUACUUGCUCCAUCCCUGCCGGGAGAUCGCCAAAUGGCGUGUACAACUUUAUUGAUCCACCCAGUUUGGGUGUCGCUGUCAUCGCCGUUGGCGUCGUUCUAGGCGCCAUUUCAACGGCUUUAGCUGCCGGCCGCCUGUACAUCAACCGAAGCAGACUACACGCAGCGGAUAGUGAGCGUGAUCGCAGCUCGUACGUGGCACUCGUCCGUUUCUGUUCCACCCUGCUGCUUUGGCGUAUCACUGAUGAUUUUUUCCCUCGGCCCUCGCACGCAGACCCCAAUUACUACCGCCACACGUGGGAUAUUCCCGUGUCCUUCUUAUUUUCCAAGGGAGCCAUAUUCUUGCUCUACAAGCGGCUGUUUGCCAUUGGAAAGCGCAUGCGUCUCGCUAUCGACGUUGGUCACCUGGUCACACUGCUGGUGUACCUGUCCAACGUCCCGCUUGCCGCCAUCUACGCAGCGCCACGGGUUGGACACAGCUGGGAAUCGCUCCUGGAGAGCCUGCAGACAAACUCACACCCAUUUGCCUUCGGCGGAGCCAUACAGAGUGCCAUCGGCACAGUGCUGGACAUUUACAUCCUCAUCUUGCCGCUCCAUAUUGUGUGGCAUCUCCGGAUGCCUCUGGGGAAGCGAUUGCAGCUUGUCGGGGUAUUUUCCACUGCCGUACUGUGA